UAGCUUUAUAUAUGGGAUUAUAGUCGUCAGUUGAUCGGUGAAAACGCUACACACAGCCACACACUAGUUCGCGUUGUUUCCAUGCAGGGAAGACGUCCAGGUUGUGCAGACUGCUGGUACUGACUAGAGUUCUGCAUGGCUAACGGACAGGGACGUGGACCAAUCACAUGACACUAUGUUGGCUCGUAACUGCUUCCUCCUCCUGGUGGCGGUGAGUGGAGCAGCCCUUGCCAUCGUCUGUUUCAGCCUUCAGUUCUUCAAUCUAAUCCCUACCACUCCUAUUGUGGAGGAGAGACUUCUACAGGCUGCAGAUGGAGACGUUCGGUUGACUCAGGGCAAGAGCAGAAAGCGGGUGUUCCCAAAGCCUCACACCCAGAAACCAAACCCCUUAUCUGAAGCCUAUGGCUACUGUAACACUCCCAGCCACAAUGAACAAGCCUGGGAAGGUCACAUUCCAGCAGAUUACAAACUGCUGUCAGUCCAAGUGAUGAUUCGCCAUGGGGACCGUUACCCACUCUACACUAUACCCAAGACCAAAAGGCCAGCCAUCAACUGCACCCUGUCCAUUAGCAGGAAUCCCUCACACCCUCUGUUAGGAGCCUUCAUAAGUCACAUGGGCCUAGGAGGCCGUGGGCACUGGGAGUCUACUUUGGCCUCUCUCCCUCGUUUACCUAACCACAGUCCUUGUGAGAUGGGAGAUCUCACUCAAACUGGUGUGGUGCAGCAACUACGUAAUGGAAAAAUCCUCCGUCAAGCUUACGCGCCCCACAGUUUUGUCCCUUCCGACUGGUCACCUCAACAGGUAUGGGUGGAGACCACGGGGAAGAGCCGCACACUUCAGAGUGGGCUGGCUUUUCUAUAUGGUUUCCUCCCAGAAUUCGAUUGGAAGAAGCUGACAGUACAUCACCAGUGGAGUACACUGUUCUGUGGCUCUGCCUGCGAUUGCCCUGCCAGGAACCGAUUCCUAGAGGAAGAGCAGAGGAGGCAGUAUCGUCUCCGAGUGGCUGAUGAAGAACUAGAAAGAACCUAUGCUGACAUGGCAAGCACCUUAGGUAUUCCAACACGCAACCUCCGGGUCGCAAACCCAAUAGACUCUCUGCUCUGCCACUUGUGCCACGGCCUUCCAUUUCCAUGCAUGUUCACGAAAGAUGGAAGCACAAACAGAUGUCUAAGUACAGCGCAGUUUGCCGUAAUUCGCCGGCAACAGCUAGAUGAUGAAAAAGACCGGAAAAGAGUGGGAUUGUAUCGUAAAUAUGCAAUCUUGGCAAUAUACCCCUACCUCAAUCGAACCGCCAACAAAAUGGAGCGAGUAGCCAAGGUUGCCGCAGGUAAUCGGAAACCAAGAGCUGGAGGCGAAGAGGUGUUCACGGUCUCCUCUGCUCAUGAUGUAACCAUGGCACCUUUGCUGAGUGCACUGGGACUGGAGGAGGCCAGGUUCCCACCUUUUGCAGCAAGACUGGUAUUUGAACUGUGGAAAAGCCCCUCAGUGAAGCAAGGACAGCAGGAGCAGAGGGCUGGCAAAGGUGAAAGGUCAAAAGCAAAAGAUGGAGGAUUUUUUAUCAGGCUACUGUACAAUGGAGAGGAUGUAACGUAUCACACUGUAUUCUGUAGCCCUCUUGACCGUCGCCCCAGUCAGCCUUUCUGCCCUCUGAAGAAGUUUCUUUCUUUUGUAAAGAGGGAUAUAUUCAAUGUCGUCAAUGCGACUUCCUACCAGGAGGCCUGUUAUAGUCACACUGGUUAACAAAAGGUAAAACAUAGGAUUUUUAUUUUUUUUUGUACAAUUUUUUUUUUUUUUAGUACAACAUACGUUUCUUGGUUUUUAGAUUUGUUCACUUGUAAUGAAGAGUAUAGCAAAGUUAAAGCAACACAAGGUUACUUUUCAACUUUUAUAAAAUAUUUUGAUAAGAUUUGUGAUAAUAUGUUUACUGACAACUAGUUGAUUGACACCGCUUUUAAAUCUUUAGGGGGUCUGUAUCAAUUUCACCCGCACCAAUUAACUUUCAGGAGGGUGGCAGAGACCCUGCCACACACACAAAAAAAAAAACUACAAACGUGCUGACUGCUUCAUGGUAUACGUCACUUCCCCAU